CUUUUCACAAAAAGAUGGCGGAUAGGAGAAUGUGGGGUUACAAAAUUUACAAGCUGUUCGGCACCGUGAUUAUAGUACUACAGCUUUCAUAUGUUGGUUUAGGAUUGGAAUGUUACUGUGAUCCCUGUCCAGAUUUUACAGUGAACUCCACGUGUACAGCUGAACCCGGUAGCAAGUGUUACGCAGCGGUAUCGUUCACAGACACAGAGGAUGAAAUAUUAGAGGUCUGGGAAUACGGGUGUCUACCACCUGAAGAAAGCACAAUCAUGCAGUGCAAGGGUAACUUGGUUCCUCAUGAGUCGAUCAAGGCUAUCGCAUGUUGUGAUGAGAUGAAUGGUUGUAACAAAGACCUCACCCCUACAUACGUAGAGAGAACCACAACUGAACUUCCAGAGAAUAACCGACCCGUGAAGUACGACAGUAUUACACACAUGGCUCUCCUCAUAUCAGUGACCGUGUGUCUCGUUAUUCUCAUAAUCACUGUCACGUUUGUCUACCUCAGGUAUCGAAAGCGAGAGUUGGAACGGGAACAGAUUCUCGAAGAAGCUGAAAAUGAGACCUUUAUUUGUCCAGGGGAGACAAUUAAUGAGCUCAUCGAACAGUCGCAGUCAUCAGGCAGUGGAUCCGGUCUGCCUUUAUUGGUUCAGCGAACAAUUGCCAAGCAGAUUCACCUUGUGAAAAGUAUUGGCAAGGGAAGAUACGGGGAGGUGUGGAAAGGGAAGUGGCGGGGCGAAAAUAUCGCUGUUAAGAUUUUCUUCACCACAGAAGAAGCGAGCUGGUUUAGAGAGACUGAGCUCUACCAAACAGUUCUGUUGAGGCAUGACAACAUUCUAGGUUUCAUAGCAGCAGACAUCAAGGGGACCGGAUCGUGGACCCAGCUGUUCCUGAUCACGGACUACCACGAGAACGGCUCGCUGUAUGACUACCUGAAGUUCCACGCUGUCGACACCCACGAGAUGCUCAUGCUUGUCCACUCUGCGUCCUGUGGUCUGUCCCAUCUCCACACCGAGAUAUUUGGCACAAGAGGAAAGCCAGCCAUUGCUCACAGAGAUAUCAAAACAAAAAAUAUUUUAGUGAAGAAAAAUGGAACUUGCUGCAUAGCCGAUUUGGGCUUGGCGGUCCGAUACAUUAGUGAAUCCAACGAAGUGGACAUUGCUCCCAACACACGGUGCGGCACCAAGCGCUACAUGGCGCCUGAGGUUCUCGAAGAGACGCUAAACCGGAAUCAUUUUGACGCGUACAAGCAAGCAGACAUGUACGCCUUCGGUCUCGUUCUCUGGGAGGUUGCUCGCAGGUGCAUUCUGGGAGGUAUGAUCGAAGAAUACCAGCUUCCAUACUACAACCACAUACCCAGUGACCCAAGCUUUGAAGAUGUUCGAAAAAUUGUUGCUGUUGAAAGAAUAAGACCUGAAAUUCCAAAUAGAUGGCAGACAGACAAGUACAUGAAGAUCAUGACCAAGGUUAUGAUUGAGUGCUGGAGUCAGAAUCCUGCAGCGCGACUGACAGCUCUCAGGGUUAAAAAGACACUGGGCAAGAUGCUAGAGAUGUAUGAAAUGGGCGGAGACAAGUUGUGAUUGACAUCUCUCAGCGUGGGGGUCUACUCCCACUGGGCGGAACUUAUUCUCAGGAGGAAGGACAGACUUCCAGUGUACAUACAAUGUAUUACAGUGCUUGUUCUGAUGCUGGCAAACAAAAUUGUCAAGGAGCAAAAAGUCCCACAAGCUUGAGUAUGAAGCAAUACGCAUUUUAGAGUAACAUGUGAAUUUGUGUUUCAAGACAUGUUACAGUGCAAAGAGGCUGUGUUUUUCAGUGUUUGGUUAUUACGAUAUUUCUUCAGUACUUUUACUACAAUCAAACCUGCUUAUAAGGGCCAAUGCAUAAGUCAUGUGGUUAUAUAUGGAUUUUUCUUUUCGUAUUACGUCCUAUGCUCUCACAUUAUCGUGUUAGCACUCCUUUAAAAAACUCAACGUUUUCUGAAUUUGAUUUACUACAGUUAAAAUCUGUUAUAUAGGUCAUUGUAGGGAGGUCAUUAAGAAGAGAAAUAAUAAAUGAAAAUUAAUUAAGAGUAGACUAUAGCCAUAAAUAUCAUUAUUUCAUGUGACAGAAUCGGGAUACAGAUUUUCAAAGCAUCUUAGCACUACAAUAUUGUAAAAUCAUCGUAAGCUGUGAUUUCACUAUGACAUAUGCCAUAGCCUAUGAUAGUUUUACGAUAUUGUAGCGCUAAGAUAGCUUCAGAUAUAUCGGCCCAGAUUGAUAACGAAGCAUAAGGAAGAUUUGAUUUUAUUGGUUUACUUCAUACAUGUACAUCCAGCUAAUGUUAACUAAUCAUGAAGCAGUUUUCAAAUGCUUUGCUAUCUACCACUUCCAUGUAUUAAUGCCAUCUCUGUUUGUGUUUGGAGGGCACCUGUAAGAUGUUAUUUUUGUAUAUAGAUGUGUGUGUUAAAAGCCACCUCAUCAAAAAGGUCACAAUUUGUUGUUCCUCUUGAUGGCCAGUAAAGACAGAUUUCACAGUUGAAA